UGCUGCUGGGGACUUUUGUUACUCCAAAUGUUUCUCCACUCAGUUGUUGUCAUCAUUCUUUGCUUGGAAACCUAAUGAAAUCAAUGUGCGCCUUCUCGGACUACACUAGUUUUUGUAAGCUUGUAAACCACGGAGGAAAACUUGAAGUCAGAGAACUGUGAGUCUUUGUACACAGGCAAACCCAGGAGGGGGAUAUCUGGGGGGUCAAUUCAACUUGUGUACACAAGAUGUCUCAAACAAUCCAGUGUUGUUCCAUCCAUGUUUGUCCAUUUUUAACAAACAUGUGGUUUUUAAGUUAAAAAAAAGUUCCACAGCAUGAUUGUAUUUGCAAAGUUGAGCCGUUUUCAGACUGAACUUUCCUUGGAUUGCACUGCCCCCUAGCGGAUCUAUCAUGCAAUUGCUACAGGUGGUUGUCAUUUAUACUCCUGAAAUACAAACCAUCGGAUAUUGAUAUAAAUUAUGAUACACCUUACAUAAUAAAUUGUAGCAAUUAUGAAACAGAAAACAUAGGUGUCGAGUAUAACCAGUUGAGACAGAUGUUAUUUGUUGAUCAUUCUCACUGCAGGUCUUGUGCAACCCUGUCCUGAGACCAGCUGCUAGAAGAUCUAUAGCCUCCAGUAGGAUUUUCCGCGUUCUCCGCCGAUCUUACAUACACCUCCCUGCUUCGACUGACUCCUGACAAAAUUGUGUGUUUUCAUCACAAAACCUUUCAAGAUUUGUUACAAUGGGAGAAAAGACCUUCUCGGAAACUAUUAGUCAGAUAUUAGAAGAGGCGGUGUCUGCCAGGAAGGAUCUUCUUGAUAACCGCAGUAACCUUUUCAAAGUGGCAGAUUACUGUGAAAACAACUAUCUUCAGGCGGAUGAUCCCACCGCGGCUGUUGCGGAGGCCAAGGACUUGCUCGUCCAGGCUUUGGCGAGUGUCACAUAUCAGAUCAACAGUGUGGCCAACAGCGUGAUCAAGCUGCUGGACUCACAGGUCACGGAGGUCAAAUACAUGGAGUCGUCUCUCAACAUGCUGUCACUGGCUGCAGCUAUCCACUUUGAGAAGGUGGCCAGGAGGGAGAUCGGUGUCUUUACAACCCCCAAAGACAAGACUCGCUCGAAGCACAUGACCCCACCGGCAUCAGGAAAGGAACCUGAGAGAGCCUACUCCAGAGAACCAAUUUCAUACUCCAUCCUGGACUCCACCGGUCACUGUUUUGAGGUCUCCGAGCCACAGCCCAGGAAGCAGGCAGAGACGUCAGAGAGCAUCCAGAGCUCUGCAGAGAUCCCAGUAUCCCAUCUCGGCAUUGCUGUUCCUCCACCAUCAGUCCCCACCUUGUCCACCAAACCCACAGUCCCAGACCAGCCUCCCCCUCCUCCUGCUCCUUCCACCGGUGGGUCGUCUAUGGGUACUGGCCUCCCCCCUCCACCCACCUUUCCCUCACCCACAGAUCUGCCUCCACCCCCACCUCAGGCAAACAUCAGCCCAUCCACCAUCAACUGCCCACUUCCUCCUCCGCCACCUCCUCUUGCACCAGAAGCUGCAUUUCUCCCUCCUCCUCCUCCUCCUCCAGCACCAGCUGCACAAACCUCUGGUGUCGUCCCACCGCCUCCUCCUCCUCCUCCUCCUCCUCCUCCAGGACCAGCUGCCCAAACCUCUGGUGGCGUCCCACCGCCUCCUCCUCCUCCCCCUCUCCCCUAGAUAUUGACAAUUGUGAUCAGGUGGCUUCUGCCAUGAAUUUACGGUGUGAACGCGGCAGCACGAGGAAAACAUUUCUGGUCUGUUGUGAGAUUGACGGCAAUAAACAAAACUUCCAAAGCCCUUUUCAGGGUUUAAGCUUGAGCUGUUUCAUCUAAAUUUAAUGGUCGAGUAUAAGCUUGAGAUGGCAUUUUCUGGAAGAGCAAAUCCCUCAGGAGGAAUCUUUCCAGCACAGAGAGCUGCUGUAGAGAUUCCUCCAACAAGUCUCAACAACACGUAGUCUGCAUUCCUCAAAAAACAAGCUGAAACACAGAUUCUGGUGUUUCUGCCAGCUACUUUUUCCUGUAAUGUAAUGUAAUGUCUCUUUUUUUAUUUUUAUGCAUCUAAACACAUAUCCUCAUUAUAAAACAGGUCAGUUUGUUGUCACUGUUCUCCGUGGCGAGAGCAGCUUCAGUUAACCUGCCGGCUUCAACCUCAGGGAGCUCUGUGUCUUUAAACAGGUCACAGAGGCUGUAAACUCGCCGUUGCAAGUAAAUGCAUGACUUAACUUGCAGUGCAUUAGUGGUAGUUGAAGGUAAGCUUCACUGUCUGUGUGGAAAACAUCAGAUUAGUUCGGUAUGACUAAUGCAGAUUUUGUAAAUCCUUUUUCUGCUUGAUCCUUUUUUGGGGAAAAGUCAGUUUGGUUUUUAUGAGACCUGUUGUGCAAUCAAAAUAAAUAAAUAAAAACUUUCAGCUACAACCA